AGACGGGGGCGCUGCGGUGGUGUAAUUAGCGGGGAGUGAGUGUGUGUCUGUCGGCGGGGAGGAGAUCACAAACUCGGGCUCUAGUAGUAGGGUGUGGACGCUAGAAGAGUGUCGGUCCGGACUGUCCCAGUCAUCACCGUUGGUUCACUCCAACUAAAAAGCGGCCAUAUAAACAGUGUAGCGCAGACACCAGACACUUGCCCUGAGGCUGUGAAGAGACUGUCCCAUCUACCCUUCCCGUGGCUGGAUGUUCUCUCAGACCCUCGCCUGUCAUCUUUAGGGUACAGCAGCAUCAGACGCCUCUCCCAGGACACUCCUGGUAGGGGACGAACGAUUCCGGUAGCGUGAGAGGAGAGAGGGUGCCGAGAUGGAUGACAUCUUCACUCAGUGCCGUGAAGGCAACGCGGUAGCCGUCCGCCUCUGGUUGGACAACACAGAGAAUGACCUAAACCAGGGGGAUGAUCACGGGUUCAGUCCGUUACACUGGGCGUGCCGUGAGGGCCGUUCAGGUGUUGUGGACAUGCUCAUCAUGAGAGGGGCGCGCAUCAAUGUCAUGAACCGCGGCGACGACACACCCCUGCACCUGGCUGCAAGCCACGGCCACCGGGACAUUCUGGCCAAGCUGAUCCAGUGUAAAGCAGAUACCAAUGCAGCAAACGAGCACGGCAACACCCCUCUCCAUUACGCCUGCUUCUGGGCCCACGACCUGGUGGCAGAGGAUCUGGUUAAUAAUGGUGCUCAGGUGAGCAUCUGCAACAAGUAUGGAGAAACUCCACUGGAUAAGGCCAAACCACCGCUCGCUGCACAUCUGAAAGAGCUGGCGGAGAAACAGGGACAAAGCCUGGCCAAAGUUCCUUUCAAGGACUCUUUCUGGAAGGGAACCACUCGAACACGACCACGUAAUGGCACACUAAAUAAACAUGCUGGCGUAGAUUAUAAGCAGCUUUCCAUGCUGGCCAAGAUCAAUGAGAACCACUCUGGGGAGCUGUGGAAGGGCCGCUGGCAGGGCACAGAGAUUGUGAUCAAGAUGCUGCAUGUGCGGGAAUGGACUACAAGAAAGAGCCGUGACUUUAAUGAGGAGUAUCCUAAACUAAGAAUCUUCUCCCAUCCAAACGUGUUGCCCAUGUUGGGGGCGUGUCAGUCUCCACCCGCCCCUCAUCCAAUCAUAAUUACACACUGGAUGCCCUAUGGCUCCCUUUACAAUGUGCUUCACGAGGGGACCAACUUUGUUGUGGAUCAGACGCAAGCGGUGAAGUUUGCUUUGGAUAUAGCGUGUGGAAUGGCUUUCCUGCACACACUUGAGCCCAUGAUCCCUCGGCAUUAUCUUAACAGCAAGAGUGUCAUGAUUGAUGAAGACAUGACAGCCAGGAUAAGCAUGGCAGAUGUGAAGUUCUCCUUCCAGUGUCCCGGCAGGAUGUACUCUCCCGCAUGGGUGGCACCUGAAGCCCUGCAGAAGAAGCCAGAGGAGAUUAACCGGCGCUCUGCAGAUAUGUGGAGCUUCGCUGUGUUGCUCUGGGAGCUUGUCACCAGAGAGGUGCCCUACGCUGACCUCUCAAACAUGGAGAUCGGCAUGAAGGUGGCACUAGAGGGACUGCGGCCCACCAUCCCGCCAGGCAUUUCACCCCACAUCUGCAAGCUUAUGAAAAUCUGCAUGAAUGAGGAUCCUGCCAAGAGGCCCAAAUUUGACAUGAUUGUGCCCAUCCUUGAGAAGAUGCAAGACAAAUGAGACGGCCCUGCUGGAGGACCCCCACAAACACUGAGUUCACAGUAUUGCCUUAAAAUUCACCACUCACCAAAGUGCUCUAUGCCACUGUAGCCCUCUGCUAAAGAAAAAUGCUUUUAUGGAAACACUGUUGAACAUUUUAAAAGCCACAUUCUCAUUAUCGCCUAUAUUCUUAUAUGCAAUCAUUGAAUAAUGACAUGUGUUUGUGCAUAUAAAUGUUCAUCAGUCCAUUUCGUGUUGUGUUUCGUGAGUGUUUACAAAGCAACAUUUAUCCUUUCAAACCUCUUUUCUAUAGCCAUUAAACAGGAAGUGGUGGCGGCAACAGUCCUUCGAAGCAGUGAAUGUAAAGUAAAAUCAAGUUUUAAAAUCCACACCCACAUUUUAUCCAUCCUUUUGCUUACUUGCUUCAUUUCACUCCGUUAAAAAGACAUCACAGAUCAUUUCAUCAGCUCAAAAUCUAAAUAAUUUGCAAAUGUGUGUAAAACAGUCGCUGUUAGUAUUUUUAAAGCAUUGUGUCAUUGUCUUUCACUGUGCGUUUUCUUUGGAUUGUCACUGAAAAUGAAAGUCGAUAGGCUGAGUUUGCCUGAGAUUUGUUAAAAAAAAAAACAGUGCAAUAAUGCAAUAGCUAAUGCCAGUUUUAUGCCUUACGCAACAAUUAACCAAAAUAUGAAGUGCCCAUAAUAUCAUGAUUGUACUGUCCCUCUCAUAGCAGGGAGAUACAUAUUAUAAAAACAUGUGAUGUUAGAUUAAUGUACCAUAAGUUCAAAGAAAGAGCCAUUUACACACAUCACAUCAAAUGCGAGAACUCGUUUGCCACGUGCAUCACGAGUCAUGUCUUCUAUCCUUACUCCAGAAAUCUACGUAUUUACUUGAUCCAUACAAAUGCAUGCUUGCUCCGUCCUAUGUUAUGUAACUAACACUCCCACCUGCCCCUGUAUUCUAAUUUACUUUACAUGUUAAGCAUGUUACAUCUGAGAAAUUUUUAUACUGUAUACAUAUAUUAGUGUUUUUUUCAUGGGCAAUACAUUAGGGAGCCUAUGAGUGCCUUUAUUUUUAUUUUUUCUAAACACUACAUCUAUUUACUUCUUUAUUUUUCUGUUACUGUGUUCCUUUUUUCAGCUAGCCAUUGGGUAAUAGGAAACCAAGAGACGAAAACAAGCAUACUUGACAUGCAUAAAUGUAUCCUUUUUUUAUUUCAGUGUUUCUAUUUACGUUUUGAAAAGCAAACAGCGAUGAUAAUGACAAACAGACUGAUUAUCUAACUUAUGCUUACUGUUUUCUGACCCUGUGUUAGGUUUUUAAUGGAACUUUAUGUGGCUUUUCUUUAUUCUUUAUUUUGGAGAUUUGGGCUGUUUAUAUUUUAUUAUUGUGAUAACGAAAGUUUACUAAAAGAAAAUAAGAACAAAUAAAAUGUCUUGGCCAUGCUGAAUGCUUCAAUCUGUGUUCAUGAAUUAGUCAGAAAAUAAAUUAUUGGGUUUUUGACAUGACAAUAUCGAGCAGUGACAGCUGUAUGUUGCGAUGUGAUGUAUAAGCUGCUUCUAAAUAAAAGGCGCUUUUAAAUAUUAAUUUUUGUAUUAUGGGAAGGAGUCGUGAAUUGCAUCUUUCUUUGCCUUCUAUACAUUAAUAAAAGAGUAAAAUUUGAAGGUCA